AUGACGUACAGUACCGCACUAUGUUCUGACUCAGCUACCAAUGGCGUUACUUUCACUCUAGUGGUCCUCCACCAUAGUCCCUACAAAUUUGGCAGCCUUGUGCACCUCGGUUCCCUGUCUGACCUGCGGAGCUGUUCUUGCCAGUGCGACAAGGCGCCGCUCCCGGGUUCUCUGGCCUGCAGCCGUCACAGUGGUCCUGCCGAAUUCCCCUCCACCACUCCUCCCAUCUCGGAGCUCAUUAAAGGAGGUCUCGCGAAGAAGGAAACCAUCUACGAGGUUCCCACGGUUCCCUCCAGAGCCUCCAACACACCCUUCCGCGCUGACGGAAUCACUUCACCCCUGCCUACUCUGUCUGAGGACAUGCUGACGCUGGAAGACGAGUUUGCCGACUACGGAAGAAAGGGGGAGACCGUGCAGAAGCUUUUGGUUGCCAUGGCACCAUCCUCUGCUCCUCUGGAAGCCGAAGAAUCGCCGAUGGCAUCUAAUGGUUUGUCAUCUAGCGAGACUGCGUCGCCAACUACCAUGAGCCACCGAGUCACGAAUAAUCACCAGAGGGGGACGGACAGAAUUGCGCGGCGUUCCCUGUCCCAAAACUUUUUCACCGACUUGGAACCAAUCGUGUCUGAGGAGACAAGUGACAAAAGCUCAAGUAACCGCCGUCUGAAUAGUGCGCGUGAACAGAGAACGUCGGCCAGCUCAGUAGAGUGUCUUUCGCAUUCUGCGUCGGACCGUCUGGUGAAUACCUUCGCACCGGGAACAAUGACGUUUGUCAUGCUGAAAGAGCACCUCAAGCAGCAAAUCAUCCCAAAAUUCACGGGCAACGUCUACUCGGACUUCUCGCAACUCGCUGUCCCGUUCCCCUACUUCUCCGCUCCCUCUGUCAAGCCAAGUGGCAUUCAUCUCGUCAUUUGUGUCCAUGGCCUUGAUGGCAAUUGUUAUGACCUUCGACUGGUGACGGUAUAUCUACAGAUGGCACUGCCUGAUUACCCUCUGGAGUUUCUGAUGUCGGACAGCAACCAUCAGGACACUUUUGCGUCAUUCGAGCAACUCCGGGAUAAUCUAGUUGAGGAGAUCAUUCAGCAUGUGGACUCCAUGACGGAGACGCCAACCCACAUAAGCUUGUGCUUUCGUCAACUUCGUCUUUUGCUUGCAUCCACAAGCGUUUUUCCAAACCAGCAGCAACCCUCAAACCGCGUGCACUACAACCACCCUGCCCGCUUGUACUCUGCUCCACAGUGCCCCAAGGCUGUAAUGCGACCGGGCACCAUGCUCAUCAUAGGCAACAAACACCUGAUUCGCCUGCCAGCGCUUGCUUCAGGAUCCUUGUUUCGGGGCAUUGCUGUGAGUGAAAUGGAAAUUGAGCUUACGAUUGCUAAUACGGGCAGUUGCGUCUGUGUAUGUGUGCGUUAUCUACACGUGUCGGUAAUGUUUGUUUGCUCCUUCAUCGGCCACAGUCUGGGCUGUGUGUUGAUCCGUGCAGCCCUGUCGAGUCCCCGCAUGGAGCACCUCUACCCCCGGCUUCACACCUUCCUUUCGUUCUGCGGUCCCCACCUGGGCACCGUCUACAGCACCUCGGGUCUCGUCAGCAUGGGCAUGUGGGCGUUGCAGAAGUUCAAGAAGUCUGAAAGCCUCCUUCAACUGCGCAUGAGGGACCACCCGGACCUAAGGGAGACCUUCAUGUACACGCUGAGUGCGGCGGAGGGCAUGAACCGCUUCCGGUAUGUCCUGUUGGUCGCCAGUCCUCAGGACCACUACGUGCCUCAUCACUCCAGUCGGAUCGAACUUUGCAAGGCCUCUAUACAGGACCCCACCGAAAUGGGCACGAUCUACAUGGAGAUGGUGGCUAACAUCCUCCAGAAGUUGAUCAAAAGCGGAAAGACCACGGUGGUGCGCUACGAUGUCCACCAUGAGGUCCAGAGCUCGGCGAACCACUUCAUUGGCCGUGCGGCGCACGUCGCUGUGCUUGACUCUGAGGUCUUUCUUGAGAAAUUCUUCUGCAUCUCUGCCGCCAAGCAAUUUCGAAUUAUAGAUGACGACGGUAACAAGAUGCUUGAUCUGCGCGAAUUUACGAAGGGAUGUCUGGACUUUGGUGUUGAUUUGACAAAAGAGGAAAUAAAGGAAAUCUUCGAAUUCAUUGAUAAGGACGGAAGUGGGCACGUUGACUUUGAUGAAUUUUUGGCUGCUUUGCGGCAGCCCCCGAUGCCUAAAUGCAGGAUUGACUUAAUUAAUCAGGCUUUUAUGAAAAUGGACAGAUCCAAGGAUGGCUUUAUAACGGCUGAGGACUUACGUGGUGUGUACAAUUGUAAAUUUCAUCCAAAGUACAGGAACGGCGAGUGGACAGAGGAGCAAGUUUUCAAUGAGUUUCUGAAGAAAUUUGAAGCUCCCGAUGAAGUGGAUGGCAAAUGGCUCCACGAGGUUUCCUCUGCUGGCGAAAACUGGGGAGCAUGGUCUCCUUGGCCAGUUUCCUGUUCUGUAACUUGUGGACCAGGAAAACGUUGUCGCACUCGUCAGUGUUUUGAUGGAUUCGGCAAAGUAAAGAAAGAUUCCGACUGUGUGGGAAGCAACACCGACUGUUUGACGUGUGUACUAAGCAGUAUUUGUCCUCGCCAACCUGGGUGGAGUGCUUGGAGUGAUUGGACCGAGUGCAUUCUCACAGAAGACAAAACAAAUCUGAAACCCGAUUCCAUGGGCUGCCUGCCCGGGACGAAAACUCGGACUCGUCUUUGCAAUAACCCCCCACCAGAUGUUGGAGUGAAUGCCAUCUUCUGUAGUGGUUCCAGCCGUGAAAUUAAACGUUGCUCAUAUGGAUGUCCCGACACUCCACAACUCGACGAGUACAGUGUAAAGGCCCGAGUGACGCAACAGGUCCAGAAGGAUCACCUGGCCACUCGAGUGCAGAGAAAAUCGCCCAAAGAUCACUCUGAAAUCGUCAUGGUUCGCGCAGCUGGAGAUCGAGUACUUCUUGACUGCAAUACAGAAGCUUAUAAGAUGGUGAAGGAGACCUUGGAAGCGAAAUCACUGGGGAUUUCUCAGUUAAGUCUUCCAACAAAACGAGCAACCAUCUCGUGGAGACUGGGUGGAAGGCCAAUAAAUCACAAGCGUCGGCCUGUAAAGGCUAAGGAAAAACGCUUAAUCCCACCCAUUCCUGAUUUGUUUGACGAAGAAGAGAGGUGGGUGUCGAAACUUGACAGAACGCAUAUCCUUGUGCAGGGAUCUCAACUCAUUCUUCAUAAUCUGAAGCCCCACGACACCGGAUUAUAUACCUGUCAUCUUAAAGUCGGCGACGAAGAGUGGAUGGCAACGUUUUUCUCAGUAAUUGUUCUAGGCCAGCAGUUUUCCGCUCCUGCACUGAUGCCAUUUUACCUUCAUUCCAAUGUAGGUGAACAGAGUCCCUUUGAAGGAGGCAACCUCCACUGGUACGACGCUGCACGUCUCGUGUGGACGCAUAAUGGGGAACCGAUGUUUAACGAUCUACUGGUCCGUCCGAGAGCACGAAUUCGUCUGUUGUCGCAGUUAAAUAAUUCGAUGCAAGGACAGUGGGAAUGCCACCUUCUCAUUCCCCUGCCCAAUCCUCCGACCACACAGGCCUCCAAGAACACCACGUUUACUUCCAGUUUCCUCACAAACGCAUUUUUUCUACAGGUAACACCUAGGCCCCCGAGUCGGUGGGAGCUGGGCGACAGGCCUCCUCGCGUGGCAAGGCUGAGACUGAUUGCUCUCGCAACCAUGAUAUUUAGCCUUUCCCUUGUUGUGGCGGUUUCCCUGACAACCUGGGCGGUUAGAGUUGUUUUUCUGUUUGAACAUGCAUCAGGUUAUGCACUUUUGGGCACCAAGCUGCAUGAACUGGUAGAUGUUGUUGAACGUCUCCCCGAAGUUUGUGUUGACUAUGAAUCAUUUUCCAGCACGUUUAAACUUCGUGGGUUUUCUCCCUUCACGUCAGCGGAAAAUGCCCUCGACAAUUGCAAUGCAGUAUCCGAGGGAAUUGUUCAUGAUGACUUACAGCAGUUCCUCAUAUCAAGUCUUAGUGGUGAAAGACCCAUACAUCUCUGCGUGUCGGAAAGAAAGUUGGCCGACGCGUUAAAGGUUCCGGAAACUGGUCUGCCCGGAAAUGUGACAUGCUCUUCAGAAUCAAUUGCUGCAGAGGUGUAUCGUCGAAUACGUGAAUUUUUCCCGCACUAUAUUGCUGAGCUUACUCACUUCGCUGAAUCUCAAGCGCAAAUAGGUCUUGGUCACAGUUACUCACGAGCCAAAGUCAAGUUUAACGUUAACAGGUAUAUUUUCAGUUUGAAGCAUAUUUUUAGGGAUGACAACAUGGUUAUUCAGACAAUUAGUUUACUGGAUCAAAUGGACAAAGAUAUAAAUACCUUUUCAAUGCGCAUCAAGGAAUGGUUCUCCUAUCAUUUCCCGGAACUAGCAAAAUUGGUUCCAGAGAGUGCAAACUAUAUCAAGUUGGUUAACAUCAUACGCAGCCGUGAAAAUCUAACUGAUGAGUCUAUACACGAAAUUGAAGAAGUCAUCCAGGAUCACGAAAAGGCCGCCGCAAUUCUUGAAGCUGCCAAAACGUCUAUGGGCUUUGAUAUCACCGACCAAGACGUGGAAAAUUUAGCCUUAUUCACAAAACGCAUUCAAAUGUUCAUGGAUCGCCGCACAAAAGCAUAUGAAUACCUGGUUAGCAAAUUAACUGGUGUUGCACCCAAUUUAAACACCCUCAUUGGUAGUCAAGUCGCUGCUCGCCUUAUUUCCCAUGCCGGAUCACUAACAAAUCUCGCCAAAUUUCCCGCUUCAACAAUCCAGAUUCUUGGGGCUGAGAAGGCUCUUUUCAGGGCCCUUCGUACUCGUGGACGGACACCAAAGUAUGGACUAAUAUUUCAUAGCUCCUACAUUGGGCGUGCUGCAAAAGAGAACAAAGGCAGAAUUUCACGUUUUCUUGCGGCCAAAUGUGCUUUAGCGACACGCAUUGACUGUUUCAGUGACAUUCUAUGUGAUAUUUAUGGUCAGCAUUUGAAACAACAAGUUGAGGACAGACUGAAGUACUUCGAAUCUGGUGUAAUGCCAAAGACAAAUGCUGAAGCAAUGGCCGCAGCCGUUGUCGAAGUAAGUAAAUUGUGCUUUGUCGUGGACGCUCCAGCCAACAAAGUAAUUGCGAAGCUGAAAAAGCGUGCGAUUUCGACUUUGAAUGGGUCUUCUUCGCCAAACCUCGAUUUCUAUAAGACUGAUGAAGAUAAUCCAAUCGCCACUGAGUUAAAGAAAAAGAAGAAGAAAAAGAGAAAGUCGGAGUGCGUGCAACCGAGCGAUGGAGAUCUAAACCACGAGGAGCAGGUUCAAACGGAAACGCUGGAAAAGAAGAAAGAGAAGAAAAAACGGAGUCUGGAGGUCGACAUUGCUGCUGAAGAGGAGGCGCCUAUUAAAAUCCAAAAAAUGGUGGAAGGGGAAGAGGAGUGCGCUGUUGCUGACGGAUCAGUACUAAUUGAAGGCAAGAAGAAGAAGAAGAAAAGGAAGUCCGAAGUGGCAGAGUAA